AUGAAGUUCACUGCCAUCCUCGCAGCUCUCGCUGCCCAGGCUGCUGCCAUUUCCGUCUCCGGUGCUGCGGAGGGUUUCGCCAAGGGUGUUACUGGUGGUGGCUCUGCUACUCCUGUCUACCCCAGCACCACUGCCGAGCUGGUUUCGUACCUUGGUGACUCUUCCCCUCGUGUCAUUGUCCUCACCAAGACCUUUGACUUCCGCAACACCGAGGGUACUACCACCGGUACCGGUUGCGCUCCCUGGGGAACUGCUUCUGCUUGCCAGCUUGCUAUCAACAAGGACGACUGGUGCAACAAUUACGAGUCGUCUGCUCCCUCCGUCUCCGUGAGCUACGACAAUGCCGGUUCCCUCGGUAUCACCAUUGCCUCCGACAAGACCCUGCUGGGCUCCGGUUCCGCCGGUAUCAUCAAGGGCAAGGGCCUCCGUAUCGUCAGCGGUGCCAGCAACAUCAUCAUCCAGAAUGUCGCCGUCACUGACAUCAACCCCAAGUACGUCUGGGGUGGAGACGCCAUCACCAUCGACAACGCCGACUUGGUCUGGGUUGACCACGUUACCACCGCCCGCAUUGGUCGCCAGCACAUCGUCCUCGGCACUUCUGCCUCCAAGCGCGUGACCCUCUCCAACAACUUCAUCAACGGCGUCACCGACUACUCUGCCACCUGUGACGGCUACCACUACUGGGGUAUCUACCUCGACGGAUCCAGCGACCUCGUCACCAUGAAGGGCAACUACAUCUACAAGACCUCCGGCCGCGCCCCCAAGGUCCAGGGUAACACUCUUCUGCACGCUGUCAACAACUACUGGUACUCCAACUCCGGUCACGCCUUCGAGAUCGGCAGCGGCGGCAACGUCCUCGCCGAAGGAAACGUUUUCCAGAAUAUCCCCACCGUCGUUGAGACCCCCAUCUCCGGCCAGCUCUUCACCUCGCCCGACACUACUACCAACGCCAAGUGCAGCACUUACCUCGGCCGUUCGUGUCAAAUCAACGGAUUCGGAUCUUCCGGCUCUUUCAGCCAGGCUGAUACCAAUUUCCUUGUUAACUUCGAGGGCAAGAACAUUGCCUCUGCUUCUGCUUACGGCACUGUUGUUUCUAGUGUUACUUCUAAUGCUGGUCAGGGUAACCUGUAA